ACAAAAGGUGUGUCAUCCCAAAAAGAAAGUUAUAUCUGUAAGAAGAUAAGGUUAACCAUAAUCUAAAAUGGUUGGAGUAAAGUGUAUGUGUAUGUCCAUGUCCACAAUUUUUGCAUCUUCAUCUCUACCACCUACUGACCCUAAGUUAAAACCUCCAUUUCUCAAAAGCCAAACAAGAGUUGAAAGGAAACUGUCAGUUGCAGAGAUUGAAAGAGCCAUUGGUGCUGGCAUUUUUAAAGAUAGAGAUACCAGCAGGAGUGCAAAGGAGAAUAAAACAUUGUUUGAUUCAAUUUUGUCCAAUUCUGUUGGGGAGAAUGAAGGGGAUGUUGAGAAGAAGCUAAGACAAACUGGUGAAUGGCUUAUUCAUAAAACUGAAAACACAUCUGCCUCUACUGGAAAACAGAUUUUAGUUGCUGUCUUUCAAUGGAUUCUACCAAUGUGGAUUAUUGCAUUUCUUCUUGCUUCUGGGAUCCUCAACCUACCAUUUCUUGAUGACUUGCUUUUGUAAACAAUAUAUAUCCCCUUACAUAUUCAACUUACAUUACUUUCUUUCAUACUC